CGCUCAAUGGCGCAAUGCUAAGUUACGUUACGUUAGGUUUGAUGUUGAUUGACGUUUGUGUUGGCCGUAUAACGCCGUUGGUUGCUCCAACAGAAGGGGAGGCGACUUACCUGCAACCUGUAACUUGGUCGUGCAAACGCUUACGUUUACAAGCAUCAGCCGGUUGGAAGAAUUUUGCGAGUAAUGGUUGGCCGAGUAGGUUGUGUGUGAGACAUUCAAGGUGCACGUGGAGGAUCACCGCCCCCCUCGGCAAGAAAGUUCGCAUCGCAUUCAGGGGGUUGCGGUUGCUGGCGGACGACCCCGCCCAUUGUGGGGCCGACUAUGUUGAGAUCAUCGACAUAAAGUUGAAGAAAACGCAAGCCAGGUUUUGUGGUAACCAAGUUCCCGGUGACAUCGUGUCUAAAGGUCGCUCGCUUCGCAUCGACUUCCAAGGCCAACAGGGCUGUCAUCCAAACAAAGGAUUCGCCAUCAGCUACACGAUGACCACAGCUCGAUCGGGUUUUUACUCAACCAAAUCGUUCGAUCCACCCGCCCCCAGAACUACAACCACUCGUCCCCGGUUAUCCACCGAGUUAUCAACGAUCGCCAACGACAGCAGCGGCAGCGAUGACAAGCACGUUGGCUUAUACAUCGGGCUGGGGCUUGGAUGUCUUGCCAUCAUUAUCAUUGGCUUCCUCGUGUGGAAGAGAAUCGAGGUUUUAAAGAAGAGGAAACGAAAGGAGAAAGAGUCGACCGUGUCCACGAGGUCUACGGAUCAAGACCCCCGUCUGCCACAAAACGAAAUCGACCCCUUUGAACGCAUCGCCUCCGUAUGCUCCCAUGUCCCCCCAUCCAUCGUGGACAACUUUAGUAUCCCUGAUUCCAACUACAUCAACUGCCAACCACCCCCUCUACCUAAAUCCAACAAUCCCAACUACAGGAACACGUCUUACCCGCCAAGCGAGGCCAGCAUGUUCGACCGCCGUUCAAUCGGGGUUAGGAGUUCGCGCAGUAGAACGAGUGACGUCUUCAGUCAAUCACAAUGCUCAGAACUUCCAAGGAGCCCUAGUAGAUGCGGUCCCCCGCCCCUCCCUGAGCGCCGAGGCUUCCAACCACGGAUGGAGAUGUUACACGAGCAUGACGAGAGUGGAGAUCAUCUUAUGAGGACGAGGACGCGAAGUUUAAUACGUGAUGAACAAUCACAAAGGAUUAUUGUACCGGAUGUGACGUCACCACAGUUAGAAAGGACGACGUCACGAAGGGAAUUUGAUCGACGUGCGUCACUUCCUUCCCGCCGCCACGUGAGGGAAAGGUCGUCAGAUUUUAACCGGGAGAUGUCGCGCGUGACCACCGAUGGUUCGUUCAAGAGACUUUCAGACAAUCCUUCAUCGCGUCGAUCGCGGCGUGCAACAAUAGAACCGAGGAACAAUCAUCAUUAUCGACGUCAUAGACGCCUCCCGCGCUCGCAUUCGAACGACGCUUUUAAAGCGGGAAUGUAAAAAAUAGAAACAACGCGCGCUUUGUAUAUUACGCUACAAAUGAGUCAUAGUACAUCAUACGUCAUAGUAAGUUUAUUUACGUCAUAGUAAGUUUAUUUAUUCCAAAUUGUGAAACAAAAAGUUCAAAAUCGACGAAU